AUGACGGUAGGAGGCCGCUCCUUUAUCACAACUAUCCCUUGCUUCUUUAGUCCCAGGAUAACGUUGUUCGCUUUGGUGGAGUCCCAGAGCAUUUUAACGCACCGUUCCAACGCCUACUGCAGCGCCAAGCUAAACUUGAUUCAUCUGCCUGUGCCCCUCAGGUGGGAUCCGACUGACACUUUGGCUUGGAGAACAUAUCCUGGUGGCAGCGGAGCGAUGCUGAAGGCUGUAAUCUCCAAGGAGGUGGACUGCGCAUGCGUGCUCACUGAGUCAGCUGUCGCCCACAUCAUUAAGAACUCAGGCAAAGACGCCAGAGACCAGGUCAGGAUUCUCGGUAAGAUCAGAAGGUACAUACGUUGCGUCUCCUCUGGUCUGGGGAGUUCAUACGUCAUCAAAACGUCCAACUGA